AUGAGGAAGUGUCUUCAGAAAAAAAAUUCUGAUGAAGAAGAGGAGAAUGAGCCAGUUUUAGAAGAGGAAAAUAAGCAAGUUUUGGAAAUUAGUAAGGGAAGACCGAGAAAGGGCAGAAAAAGAAGGUUUCCAGGACAGGAUAGGAAGACAAGAAAAAUAUUAAGAAAUAGCAACCAGGAAUAUUACACGGCAAAAGGAAAACUUACAAAACCGAAAGAAUUUGUUGAAUAUAAAUGUACGUGUUCAUCGAAGUGUAAUGAAAAGUUAUCAAUAGAGGAUCAACGAAAAUUUUUUAAUCAUUUUUGGAAUUUGGCUGACUAUAAUGUGCAGACUACAUAUCUGUCAACAUGCGUAAGAGAACAACCGGUACAAAGGAAAAUAGUGAGUGCAAGGGAUCCCAAUAAGAGACAGUACUUUGUAAACAAAGUAGCCGUUUGCAGAGACUUGUUCAUUAACAUUUUACGUAUUUCAACUAAACGUAUAAACACUGCUCUUCAAAAAAAAAACCCAAAAAAAGAUACUUGCAAUAAAUGUGAUGCGUUUAGCACAAAAAUGGAAAGUUUACCUGAAGGAGAUGAAAAAGUUAGAAUCGAAAAUGAAAAGAAUUUACACUUGGAACAAGCAGAGACAGCCAGAAAAAAAAUGAAUUUAGAUCUUUCUAAAGCAGACACUGACGAUAAAACGGAAACGCUAACUUUCGACAUGGAGAAGACGCCACCUCUUCCUCAGCUAACUACUAAUAUCAUAUUUUACAAAAGACAGUUAUGGCUCUUUAAUUGUGGGAUAUAUUCAGGAAAGCAAAAAAAUCCACUUUUAAUGUUUGGAUCGAAGGGGAAGCGGGCCGUGGAGCUCAAGAAUUUCCUACCGAACGAUAGCGACUUCGGUGACGUAGAAUGCAGACAAAAUAAAGUAUGUUGCCCUCAAGAUUACAUAAACAUCAUGAAAACAUGUAGAAAGAAGCGACCCAUUGACGUACAUAAAAUAAAAAAAGAUGAUUUCGUUAGCACUAGGGCAUUAGAAAAAGUAAUUGUUAACAGAAAGAAAAGUUGUGAAUGUGAAAAGGCUCCAUAUAAAAGAAAUAGGUGGCUCAGCCAAAACUAG